AUGGCCACUAUUGUUUCGAAGGGCAGCUGGACAAGCGACGAAGACGAGCGCCUCUGCAGAGCAGUGGAGGAGUUGGGUCCCAAGUGGGCGCUCGUCGCGAACCGAGUGCGGACACGAAACAGCGGUCAAUGUGCGAAGCGAUGGAACGACGCAUUGAACCCCACUAUCGACCGCAGCGGCUGGACGCGUGAAGAGGAUGAACAGCUGCUCAGAGCAGUUGAGCAGCAAGGCCACUCCUGGGCCAACAUCGCACGGACGUCGCUUCCUGGUCGUACGGGACUUGCCGCAAAGAACAGAUACAACCAUCUCAUGAGAGGCGCAUGCCGGCAAGCUGGGAGGCGAAGGAGUCGGACCUCGCCCAUGACCACUGAGAAGCGCAGGACGCGCGGUAUCUCUGAGGCAUCCGCGACCAUGUUCCACGGGACGUCCUCGCGGUGGGCUGGCAGCCAGUCUGGAUCCGACAGCUCAGAGUCCGGAACAACCCCGCCGUCGCCGCGCUCGCUUCCGGAAGGGGACGAAGUUCACCUUUACACCGCAACUAACGCGGCUGAAUUCACGGAUGCCGAAAUGCUAUCACGCCUUUCCGUCCGGCUCCCGUCGCCUUUGACGCCAGCAUCCGGCAUCGAGAGGCAGUUUAUGGAUUUCUUCUCACCGCAUAUGUUUGGUGACUCCGCAGUAGCGGAGGCGUCCUCCUCCGCAUCCCUCCUCUACAACCCGCCAUCCCCAUCCGCGGCCUACCUCUCGGAGACCCCACCGCUUCUCGGAGACCUUGGAGAUGCACAAAUGGAUCCUUUCUCCAUGUGGUCGCCUUGCAUCUCAGGCCCGGCGACCCCCAUCGACGCGCCAUUUAUGGACCUAGCGCUCGGUGUAUCUCAGCACCAUGCAUCGAACUUUUACCACUCACAGCCCCUCACUUCCACUGGCAGUUCGUGCGACGUCCAAAACCCUGCAGGGGACGGUGUUCUAGCGAUGGCCGACUACCUUGCCCUCUACCCACCUUCGAACGUCUCGCGGCAGUCGCCCUACCUGACGCAGUCCAUUCCAGAGCUUUCGAGCCUCGCGUUGGACGCUCAGGUGACUAUCGGUUCUCUGCCAGCGUUCCCGGAUAAGGCGAGCGUCCAGCUCGCGCAACAAGCCGUAGACCCCUCCGACCGCCGCGUCGCCGUCGCGGUGGCUAUCUGCGACCAGCAGGACGUCAUCUCGACGGUGCACUCGUUGUCACACAGCCUGUCAUCGAUGCUGGGGCAGGGUCAGGUUCAGGGAGCAGAUGACACGCCGAGACCAGAGACGUACCCAACGCCCCAUUCACCGCAGCUUCAUACUCUGUGGCAGUCGUGAUUGGUGGUUGCGCUAUUGCUUGCGAUUGUAUUCUGUAAUGUUAGUGUACCAGAGUAUGAGCCUCUUCCGGACUAUGGCAUCCACAUUCAUACGCAUAUAUAGGCUACUGCAUAGUAUAGAGAUACGUUAUGCACUCAACAUGCAUGCCUCGUUAUGCAUAAUAUAUAGAUGAAGUACCUGCAUUGACUACGCC